AUGGCUUCCGAUACCUCCACCUAUAAGCUCAACCACACGAUGAUUCGUGUCAAAGAUCCGCAGCGAUCGGUGGAGUUCUACAAGUUCCUUGGGCUGAGCUUGGUCAAUAAGAUUGACAUGCCUGAAUGGAAGUUCUGCAACUACUUCCUGGCGUAUAACGGCCCUGCCUCUCUCCAGGGUGUCCGGCACUGGACCGAUCGCAAUGCCGUUCUGGAAUUGACGCAUAACUACGGCACUGAGAACGACCCCAACUACAGCGUAGUGAACGGAAACACUGACCCGCACCGUGGCUUCGGUCACAUUGCCAUCUCGGUUGACAACAUCGAAGCCGCCUGCAAGCGGAUCGAAGAUGCCGGCUAUCCCUUCCAGAAGAAACUGACUGACGGUCGCAUGCGACACAUUGCCUUCGUUAAGGAUCCCGAUGGAUACUGGGUUGAGAUCAUUCGUCGUGCCGAUGAGGAUCUCAGCACCACCACCGACCCAGGUAGCUACCGACUGAACCACACCAUGCUGCGUGUGAAGGAUGCCGAAGCCAGCUUGAAGUUCUACCAGGAAUCUCUGGGCAUGACUUUGGUCCGCACCAUUGAGAUGCCAGAGAACAAAUUCAACCUGUAUUUCUUGGGUUACCCUUCAUCCAAUCCAGAGAUUAAGGAAGGUUGCAGGAAUGGAGUGGCGGAGUGGGAAGGUCUGCUAGAGUUGACCUGGAACUACGGCACCGAGAAGCAGGAGGGCCCAGUCUACCACAACGGCAACACUGAGCCCCAAGGUUUCGGUCAUAUCUGUAUCACUGUUGAUGACCUCCCGGCUGCGUGCGAACGCUUCGAGUCUCUAAAGGUGAACUUUAAGAAGCGCUUGACUGACGGGCGGAUGAACAAGAUCGCAUUUAUUACAGAUCCCGAUGGAUAUUGGAUUGAGGUGGUGCAGAACGAGGGCAUUAAGCGCACUACAGACUGGUAG